GUCGCCCUCGCCUCGGCCGACGCCCGCGGGACGUGGGUUUCUGAGGGAGGCGGACGCCAUGGCGGUCGAGGCCCUCGCGGUGGAGGCCGUGGCCUCGCGCCUGGAGCGGCAGGAGGAGGACAUCCGCUGGCUGUGGGCCGAGGUCCAGCGGCUGCGGGACGAGCAGCUGCAGCCGCCCGACCCGAGCCAGGCCGCGGGGCCGAGCCUCACGCGCGAGGUGGCGCGGCUCCGGGCUGAGAACCGCGAGCUGCGCCACCGCCUCUACCGCCUGCGGCUGUGCCGGGCCGAGGGGCUGAGCCACGGGGCCUCGCGAGGCCGGGAGGCCGGGAGCUCCGCCCCGGCCGCGCAGCCUCCUUCUAGUAAAAGUCAGGAAAAAGAUUCUAAAAAGAAGAAACUGAAAGAAAGUGAGCCAGAUGGUGAGGUGAAGCAACCACAUUUUAUAAAAGAAAGGUUGAAGCUUUUUGAAACAUUGAAGAAAGAGCAUCAACUCUUAUUAGCUACUGAAGAAAAGAAUACAAGUGGUGUGAUUACAGUAAAAAUGCCUGAUGGGAAGACGGUGGAAGGACAAAUGUGGAAAACAACACCUUAUCACGUGGCUUCUGGGAUCAGUCAGGAAGUGGCUGAAAGCAUGGUGAUUGCCAAGGUCAAUGGAGAAUUGUGGGACCUGGAUCGGCCUCUGGAAGGGGAUUCCACCCUGGAGCUACUGACGUUUGACAGUGAGGAGGCUCAAGCUGUGUACUGGCACUCCAGUGCGCACAUCCUGGGAGAGGCCAUGGAACUUUACUACGGAGGCCACCUGUGCUAUGGCCCGCCUAUUGAAAAUGGAUUUUAUUACGACAUGUUCAUCGAGGACAGAGCAGUGUCCAGCACGGAGCUGGCAGCCCUGGAGAGCAUGUGUAAAACCAUCAUAAAAGAGAAGCAGCCUUUUGAAAGACUAGAAGUCAGCAAGGAAACCCUCCUGGAAAUGUUCAAGUAUAAUAAAUUUAAGUGCCGCAUUCUGAAGGAGAAGGUCAACACUCCAACCACCACAGUUUACAGGUGUGGUCCACUAAUUGACCUUUGUAAAGGCCCCCAUGUUAGACACACAGGGAAAAUUAAAACCAUAAAACUUUUCAAGAAUUCCUCGACAUAUUGGGAAGGCAAUUCCGAAAUGGAAAUCCUGCAGAGAAUCUAUGGGAUAUCUUUCCCUGAUAAUAAAAUGAUGAAGACCUGGGAAAAAUUCCAAGAGGAAGCCAAGAACCGAGACCACAGGAAAAUUGGGAAGGAACAAGAACUUUUCUUUUUCCAUGACCUGAGUCCAGGAAGCUGUUUUUUUCUUCCUAGAGGAGCCUUCAUUUAUAAUACACUCAUGGAUUUUAUACGAGAGGAAUAUCACAAGCGCGACUUCACCGAAGUGCUCUCCCCCAACAUAUACAACAGUAAACUCUGGGAGGCCUCAGGCCACUGGCAGCAUUACAGCGAGAACAUGUUUACCUUUGACAUCGAAAAGGACACAUUUGCUCUCAAGCCCAUGAAUUGUCCAGGACACUGUCUCAUGUUUGCCCAUCGUCCACGGUCGUGGAGGGAAAUGCCUCUUCGAUUGGCGGACUUUGGAGUCCUUCAUAGAAAUGAACUGUCGGGGACUUUGAGCGGCUUAACCCGAGUCAGGCGCUUUCAGCAGGACGACGCUCACAUCUUCUGCACGGUGGAGCAGAUAGAAGAAGAAAUAAUGGGGUGUUUGCAGUUUUUGCAAUCUGUUUACUCAACGUUUGGUUUCUCCUUUCAAUUAAACCUGUCAACAAGGCCUGAAAACUUCCUAGGAGACACUGAGCUAUGGGAUGAAGCUGAAAAGCAACUACAAAAUAGCUUGGUGGAAUUUGGAAAACCAUGGAAAAUGAACCCAGGUGAUGGAGCAUUUUAUGGCCCUAAAAUUGAUAUAAAAAUCAACGAUGCUAUUGGCAGAUACCAUCAGUGUGCUACCAUUCAAUUGGACUUCCAGUUGCCUAUUAGAUUUAAUCUUACGUAUGUUAGCAAGGAUGGGGAUGAUAAGAAAAGACCGGUGAUCAUUCACCGAGCUGUGCUGGGGUCCGUGGAAAGGAUGAUAGCCAUUCUCGCAGAAAACUACGCAGGGAAAUGGCCUUUCUGGCUGUCCCCGCGUCAGGUAAUGGUCAUCCCCGUGGGACCAACGUGUGAAAAAUACGCCUUUCAGGUAUCCAAUGAAUUUUUUGAGGAAGGAUUCAUGGCUGAUGUGGAUUUAGAUGACAGUUGUACAUUAAAUAAGAAAAUACGGAAUGCACAGCUGGCUCAGUAUAAUUUUAUUUUGGUGGUUGGAGAAAAGGAAAAGAUAAACAAUGCGGUGAAUGUUCGGACAAGAGACAACAAAAUUCACGGAGAGAUUUCAGUGGCUUCUGCCAUUGACAAACUGAAGAAUCUUCAGCAAUUACGUGUACUAAAUGCUGAGGAAGACUUUUAAAGUCCUUUCCUUGCACUUGCUUCUGCAUAGCCUUGUUUUGAUGACUUAAAUGUAUUAACCAGUUAACAUGUUAGUUUUUCUUAGAAAUUUAGGCCCACUGCUGGGGUCCUCUUGUGGCCUCAGUUGGGAAAGGAACAAUGAACCAUUAACUGAUUG